AUGGGCAAAUGCUCCCCUGCGACGGCGACAGCUGCGGUUCUAAAGGCGCCCCCUCGCCUCGCGCCCACACUCGCACUUCAAAGACUCAAGACGCCACUGCACUGCAUCAGCAGGCAGCAGCUGCAGAGCGAGCGGAUCGACGACGGGCCGAGGUCGUUCCCCGUGACGUUACCACUCGGCGGACGAGGGCCAUGGACGACAUGUAGUACAGUGGACGACGGACGGACGAGGCAGCAGGCCGCGGCGGCAGCAGCAGCAGUCGUAGUCGAGGGCCCGCCCGGUCACAUGGCUCCGAAACGCCUGCCCGAGAGGGAAUACGGCAGACGCAAGCCUCUUCCGGCCCCCUCCGUCCGAGAAGCAGCACGCCUGCCGUGUGGGAGAUCCAGGUCGAUCCGGCGAACGCCCUCAAGGCAGCACCCUUUUCGCGGGCAUCGAGAUUUCGGUCCCCGAAACUUGCUCGAGAAGCCGUCGGCCUCGUCGUCGUCGUCGCAAGGAGACGAGCGGAGAUGGCGCGAGAGGAGGAGGCCGCGCGAGGCAAGAACGGGAGAGGCUUGUUCUUGGGGCCGAGCGAGGGAGGGAGGGGCCGAGAGAGAAGUGGUGGGGAGGUGGGCUCGUGUCGCGAUCGGUGGCGCGUGCGAAAUUAGACGAAGAGCAGCGGUGAGCUGUUGUGAGGGAGCUCUCGCGUGCGAAGUCUUGGCAGUGGAGUGGGAGCAUCUGCGGGGAGUUGGAGCUCUCGCGUGCGAGACAUAAGUGGGCAGCGGGUGUUCUCGCGUGCGAAGCGCAAAGCGAGUGAGGCGAGGGGCCGAGUGCCCAGAGCGAGCAGAGCAGGUAGCUUGCUCAAGGAUUAUUUAAUUCUCAUGAGCCAACUGUUCAGGCAUACUCGAGUGGUAUAAAUGUCAUUUGUAGCUGCGUUCCGUAAGAUCUUGAUCGAUCCGAUUAAUAUCGGGUUCAAGCUUCGUUCCCUUUUCGAUGUGGGUGAUGUAAGCACAGUUUUGAGCUGAUUUCGAACCACAAACUGGACUUUGGGCCAUUGCUAUUGGGGCCUGUCCCCAUCUUCCCUUCUGGAUUCAUCACUGAACGACUUGAUGGGCUCUUCCCAUCCCAUAUCAAUUGGCGUCUCCGGAUUCCUCUGGGCAACGUCGUUCCACUUUUUUACACUUCGUUUUCCCAAGUUUAGUCCAGGAAUGUUAAAGAAUUUUCCCAAAACGACAUAGUGUAUCUGUUGUUUUUUUUAUGGAAAGAUCGGAACUUUGGGAGU